AUGCAAUCAAACGCGCCUACUAUCGUAUCUUCCGGGGGAAGUUCUGCUUCCUACGUUGAAGAAUAUGUCCAGGUGAUCAAGUCUUGUUUCUCCAAGGACAGCGUUAUCGGCCCCUAUUUCUACCAGCUCAUUGACUAUUUGCAAUCCGACUCUACAAGCGAAUCCCGCAUGAAUCCUGUCCCCAGCGCCAUACGGCUUCGUGCCUCGUCCGAUCUAAUACAUCAAACCUAUGCUCCGGCCACGCAGCCUUGGGGGCUUGAUAUUCCGGAAAAGAAUGUAACUCAAACGCAAGCACCAUGUCUGAUCACAAUUGAAGGACUGCCCUCUCCCAGCUGUGUCGCCUACCUAGGCAGCAAAUAUGGUUUGCGGCCAGAAUAUUGGUUGGGUCAUUUGAGCCUCGGCCGACAAAGCCCGACCCACGAUAAGUUUUUCGAACUUCCAGCCCUACCAUCUCGACGAGGCAAUAUCGUCCAAGUUUUGAUUCCUUUCCUCGGGAGGCGAACUGGGUCCUCGUACGCUACACACGUUUCCGCAAUUGAGCGGCUCCAAGCGCAGCAGAAGCUCGAGGAAUGGGACCGGCAUCUGUUUCAGAACAAGAAAUUCGGAGCGACUAGACUACGCAAGCUACAUCUGCAUAGCUCACAGUAUUUCAGCAUCGAACAGCUCGUUUCAUUCACUGUCUGCACCAGAACCCCAAACAGCUGGGUCGGCAUCUUUUUGGUCGACCAAGGUCUUGGCGUGCCAGAGACGCAGGACACCCCGUGGUCAAAAUACACUCGAAACAGGCAGGCUCCAGAUUUUCUUCCGAUUCUUUCAUACAACGAGAGCCCGUCGGGUUACGAGAUCCAAAGCACAGCCCGCGAAAUGAGUCCUUCAACGCCCAACCCUUUUCAUCCCAGGGAUCAUGUGAGGGUAGCCAGCGAUAAGGACCUGGAUCUCUUGCGCGAAAGUCCCUUUGCGGUUCUCGCAAGCUUACUGGGCAGAGCGGCUGCAGGUUGGGCUCAGAUACUCAACUUUAUCGACUCUGAUAUCGACAAGUGCAAGAUACCUGGUCCCUCGCCGACAACAGAGGCCCUUGGCUCGGCACUAGAGCAACUGAGAUUUAAUCUGGAUUUUCUAGCUCACGCGGAGCAAUCUUUGAAAGACAAUGCCUACUUGAUUGAAUGGCACGGCUCUCGAACUUGGCCAGGGCAUCAAGAAUAUCAAGAAGCAACCCUGGGCGCAGAAUUGGCAUCAACACUCCUCCUGGAUACUCAGUACUCUCAGACACCAUAA